CUUUGCUUCCUCUCCGACGCCUUCCUUUAUCUAUUUUUUUCUCCGGCGAGUUUAUUAAUUUGGGAUUCUACGAAAAUGGUUGAAGUUUCUUUAGACGAUCUUAUUGCUCAACAUAAAAAACAAAACCGUUCUGGCAACAACAGAGGAGCUUUUAGAGGAUUCGGGCGAUUUAGAGGCCGUGGGAGAAGAUUUAUUAAUCGAAGAUCUACUCCAUACUUUGCUUCAGGACUGACCCGCAUGGCGGACCGUAACUGGAAUCACGACAAGUUUUUGGGAAAUUAUAACUCGCAAAGCGAUUGUACUAUUCUUAAUGUUUGUAAUCUGGACCCACAAGUAAACGAUGCGGACAUGCGAGAACUUUUUGAAACUAUUGGCCCUUUAAAAAGCGCCCACGUUCACUACAACGCUGAAGGAAAGUCGCUCUGCACGGCUGAAGUUGUUUUUCUAAGGAAAGGCGAUCCUCUGAAAGCUAUUUCGCAGUUUUCUAAUAUGAAACUCGACGGUCGAUUGUUAAAAAUGUCUGUAUUCGGUGAAGAGCCGCGUGCGCCUCUUUCUCAAAGAAUUUUUGAUGGUGUGAAAACCAAUCGUUCGUUUCCCUUCGUUGGGCGCCGUGAUUAUUACCAACACGACCAACGAGGCAACUUCCCAGUUAAUAACAGUACACCACGCGGACGGCGAUGGCGUCGUGGCGGACGCUCAAUGAAUUCCUCUAAAACUGUGGAAGAGUUGAAUGCUGAAUUGGAGUCGUACAUGGAGGUUGUGCCUGUCCCUGGAGCUUAGCCGCCUUUUUAAUUUUUUUAUUAGAAAAAAAUCUAUAAAUUUGUGUUUUGAAGUAAAAUUCUUCAAUUUUUCUUUAAUUCUAUAAAAAAAUUUAUGAUUUAAUUCGAAGAAUUUUUU